AUGUCUGGUCGAAAGCUGGGAGGCGGGAGGAUUCUGGGUAGCGGGAAGUCUCUGGCACCUCCUGCCCCUCCAGCGCAUCAACGAACCUCCGAUCUCAUAUCCUCACCAGCAGCAAGCACAGUUUCGUCCGGAGGAUCGUCUGCAUCUCCUUUGGCUACGUCGCCAUUACCGGAGAGUAGUCAGGACUUGAGCUCUAUUGUCUCUUUGCAAAAUGGGGUGUCAUCCGUCACGGCGGCAAGCAGUAGGCUUCUAUGCCCGAUUUGCAAUGAGGAGAUGAUGACCUUGUUACAGCUCAAUAGACAUCUCGACGAUAACCAUCAGGAAUUGCCAGAGGUGGAGCAGGACGAAGUUAAGAAUUGGUUCGACAAGCAAGUCAUUAAGGCCAAGAAGUUUCAACCGCUGGCAGUGAUUAAUCAGAAGUUGAAGGGGCUGGAUGUUUUCGAAUCAAACGACUCGCCAAACCUAGCAGUUUCCGCUCCAAGUGCGCUUCCUGGAAAUCGAAUAUCGACCUCCGAACCAGCUCGAGUGGAUCCUGACGAAGUAGUCACUCGGGCACAUUGGCAGAGGUCUGGAUUUAAUGACCUAUGUACGGAGCCAGCAUGUGGCAAGAGGCUGGGAGCUGUCAAUGGAACUGUAAAUUGCAGGAAAUGCGGGCGUUUAUUCUGCGAGGAUCACACCAUGUACCAGAUGAAACUAUCGAGAUCAGCUCAACACGAACCGGUGCGAGGGUUAUGGUGUCGAACCUGCGAGACCUGUUUUAAGUCGAGGGAGGGAUACAACGAUCACAACGGGCUUAUUCGGGAUGACACUGCCGACUUUCUUGCCAUGAGAAGGAAAAAAGUCGACAAGGCAUACCUAGAGAUUUCGAGGCUAGAAAAGAGACUCACGAAACUCACCCAACUACUUGCAAAUCCACCGGAAGACUUGUCGGGAAAUAAUAACGGAAUAUUAUCACUCUCUGGGCAGAAAAAUCAAAGGAAAAUACUGGAACAGUCAGUUGUAACCUGGGAAGAGGAUGCAAAAGUCCUUAAAUGCCCGUUUUGCCAACAAGAAUUUGGAUCUUGGUCAUUCAGAAGGCAUCAUUGUCGACUGUGUGGACGAGUUGUCUGCGCAGAUCCAAGAACAGGAUGCUCAUCCGAAAUAGGUCUCAACGUCACGGCGCAAAAAAACGGUACCUCAGAUAUGAACAUCGAUGUGCGAAUGUGCAGGGACUGCAAAGCCACCGUUUUCAGCAAGAAGGACUUUGCGGCCGAAGCAUCACAUAAACCAGCUGAUCAACGAUCCUACGAAAAUCUCCUCCAAUUCGAGCGAGGAAUUCGGACCCUUCUCCCUAAUUUCCAGCGUCUUCUCAUGGCACUCCAAGAUCCAGACAAGCCGCCAUCACAACAAACACUAACCGAAGCCUCCAAAGUCCGAAAACGCCUCAUCGACUCCUUUGGAAAAUACGAUCUUGCAGCAAAACGAAUACGUGACCUACCAACCAAGAGUCCAGCACAAGCAAAGCUUCAAAAGGCAAUCUAUCAACAAAGCGCCAAUUUCUUAAGCAUCCACAUGCUCCCUCUCCAAUCCCUCCCCAAGAUCCUGAAGCACGCCUCCCCACACGGCUUCAGCUCCAACGGCCUACCCAGCAGCGGCCGCAGCGCUCUCGCAGCGAUAAAGUACAACGACAUUGAUUCCGCUUCUCAGAUGAGUUCCAGCUCAGCCGUCUCGGCUAUGGAAGCCGAAGAAAAGGAACUUCGUGAACGGCUUAUUGUGUUGGAGGAGCAGAAGUUUAUGGUCGCGGAUAUGGUGGCUGAUGCAAAGAAGGCCAGGAGAUUCGAUGAAGUGACGGCUCUAAGUGGGAAUCUGGAUGAUUUGAGUAGAGAGAUUGACAGUGUUAAUGGGAUGAUUGGGCAGUUGGACUUUGCCGGCGUUUAUGCAAGGGAGCAGGGAAGUGGAGCUGGUGGUGCGGGGCCAUUGGCAUUGGUGAGGUAG